CUGAAUGAGUGAGUGAGUGAGAGUGUGUGUGAGAGAAAGAGAAGGAGAGAGAGAGAGAGAGAGAGGUGCGUAGACGAAAUCACGGCGUAGGGGAAUGAUAAUGUGACACAAACCAGCAGCUAGGGUAUUCAUUUGCACUGUGCGGCAGGUUUAAGAUGCGCUGUCGUUUCGGACCAACUUUGGACAAGUCUGUGGGAACCUGCGACGCACUGUACGCCCUGAGGCUGCGUGACAAGUUAGGAGAGGGAGAGGAAAAAAAAGGACUCGCAUCACUAUUUUUAAAUGGGUACAGUGAGAUUUUGGGGGGCGUGGACGGUAGAGGAGCAGCAGUGAGCAUGUUGGCUCAUGGCUGCAGUUCCAGCGUAGUGAUGUGCCGGCUGGAAGAAUUGGACUACGCGUAGACCGAGUGGCUGGACGCGGAACCGUGCGGUUGCCGUCAAUCGUUGGAAGCCGACUUUCUGUCAAUUUGAAGCACGUUUGGCAUUACUGGAUUUAUUUCUUCCACGCGCUGCAGUUUGGCGACACAGAGGACUUUAAGGAAGGAGCGCGAGCUGUUAAAAGGGGGUUUUUAAGACGCAGCAGCUGCCGUGCGUAAGGGACGAAAUCUGGUCGAGCAGCUAUUUGAAUGACAAUAGUUAGAGGCAAUUGCUUUGUUUAUUUGUUUUAGGAAGCCUUUAUCGGAACUGAUUGCGCAUGGUAAGUCAUUGGAAGCUGUCUUAAGUGAAACUGAAGUGAUCAUUUGUAAAUAUUGACAGGUGUUAUAGUCAUUCAGACUGUUUCAGACUGAGCCUUUAAUUCACUUACAGCUCUGCUUUAAUGUCUUAAAACACCGCGGACUCAUAAGGUUGGGUAUUGUAACCAAACCUCUGGCAUGGAUAAUCCAACAUAUGUUUAAUCCAGUUAUCUACUUUCCUAAUACUCGGAGAUUCGGGAACACUAUCGUUAUUAACAAUCUUAUGAUGCGUUUGAAACGCCGAAUGAGAAACUAACCAUCACUUUAGUGUCUUCUUCCCUCCGAGUUGUAGUCGAUCUGGCAACAGCCAAAAUGACAAGCAACGGACCUGUCAUUGUCUACGAGUGGCUGAAGACCCUCCAGCUUGCCCAGUAUGUCGAACCUUUUGUGGAUAAUGGUUACGACGAUCUGGAGGUGUGCAAACAAAUAGGAGACCCCGACCUGGAUGCCAUCGGCGUCUAUAUCCCUCACCACAGGCAGAGGAUUCACGACGCGGUAAGAAGGCUUAAAGAAGAAGCCAAAGAGACGGCCAGUGGACUGUACUUCACCCUGGAGCCGAUGCCACCCGCAGCUGAGAUUUAUACCAGUCACAUGGUGGACCAGUAUGAGUCCAAACUGCGGGGAUCCAAGUCCUGGACCGAGCCCAACAGUGACCGGGUUGGGCGCACCGGUGGGUACAUGGGCGCGCAGAGGAACCUGACGCUGGGCAACAGGAGGGAGCUGGUGAUUUACCCCAAGCUGAAGCUGAAGAUCAUGAUCAGGGAUAAACUCAUCAGAGACGGCAUCAACCUCGCCCGGCCGCCCUACUCUAAUAAGGAUGGUUCUCUUGGCAACAUAGAUGACCUUGCCCAGGAGUACUCUGAGUACUACAACACCUGCUUCAGUGACGUCAGUGACCGCAUGGAGGAGCUGCGCAAAAGACGUGUGUCCCAAGAGCUUGACAUGGAGAAACAGGACCCAAGCAGCACCUCUCUACAGCUCCGUACUGAGAUCCAGGAGUCAUUAGGCUUCAGCAGUGAAGUGUCCACUCCAGAAACAGACAGAAAAAUGCCCCUGCACAAAUCCAGCUCUGAGGAUGGAUCUGGAGGUAAAUGGGACAAUAAGAAGAAGAACAAAUCUUUCUGGCAGAACUUCCGCAAGUCUCAGCACAAACCUGUCAUGCGACAGACAUCCAAAGGAGAGGACAUUGGCUACGUGGCCAGUGAGAUCACCAUGAGUGAUGAGGAGCGAAUCCAGCUGAUGAUGAUGGUGAAAGAGAAGAUGAUCACUGUAGAAGAAGCUCUCGCUCGGCUGAAGGAGUAUGAGCGCAGCAGACAGUCCAGCAGUACUGACACUGCAGAGUGGACUGACGGAUCUGCAUCCAAUCUAAACCAGUCCUCAAACUGCAACUCUCGCGAACAGUCAGAUGAUGAGCAAUCAGAGGACUCUGUGAAGUUCAAACGGCUUCACAAGUUGGUUAAUUCUACGCGCCGAGUCAGGAAAAAACUUAUUAAGGUGGAGGAGGGCAAGAAACAUGGCUCUGAAGAUUUUCUGAAUCUGGAAUCACCUCCCACCUGUGAGGACAAUACAGCUCUGUAUACAGGGGUCCUGAAGAAGCCCCUGUUGCCCCAGGAGGCCUCUCUGCCCUCCCUCACCCAGGAUCAACUCUCUCUGGAUGGAGAUACAGACAGUCUGACGACCUCCCCUUCCUCCAGCAGCCUGGACACCUGGUCUGGACACAAGCUGGUCAAAACCUUCAGUAAGUCUUCCAGUGCCCACGGCCUCAUCCGCCCACCCAGGAGAACACCAGUUGGCUCCGGGGGCCUGGGAGGCUCCGGCGUGGGAGGUAGUGGCUCCUCCUUCUCAGAGCUGGAUGGCUGUGGAUUGGACGACGAGGGGAAGCUGUCACGUUCCACGACCGACAGCGAGAUGCGGAAGGCCCUGAGCUCCAUCUCCCAUGGGAGAACGUGCAGCUUCGGAGGCUUUGACCUGUCCAACCGCUCGCUCCAUGUGGUCAACACAGGUUCAGAGGCCAAUAAUAAAGAGCAGGAGGCUAUAUACAGAGAAGUGGUCAAAUCACCCACUACGUCUCGGAUCUCGCUGGGUAAGAAGGUCAAGUCGGUCAAGGAGACAAUGAGGAAACGUAUGUCGAAGAAGUACAGCAGCUCCUUGUCUGAGCAGUCCAGUCCAGACGGAGCACCUGGUUCUCCACAGUCCCCUCAGCCUGACACCGACUCUCUGGAAAAGCCCAAGCUGAAGGCCGGAGGCUCUGUGGAAAGUCUGCGUAGUUCACUCAGCGGACAGAGUUCGAUGAGUGGUCAGACUGUGAGCACUACCGACUCGUCAGCCAGCAACAGAGAAAGUGUGAAGUCAGAGGAUGGUGAUGACGAGGAGCCACCUUAUAGAGGACCAUUCUGUGGUCGUGCCCGAGUCCACACUGACUUCACUCCCAGCCCCUAUGACACUGACUCCCUCAAACUGAAGCGCGGUGAUGUGAUUGACAUCAUCAGUAAGCCACCCAUGGGAACAUGGAUGGGCCUGCUGAACAACAAAGUGGGCACCUUCAAGUUCAUCUAUGUGGAUGUGCUGAGUGAGGAGGAGGAGAAGCCCAAAAGGCCAGUGAGGAGGAGGAGGAAGGGCCGACCGCCCAAGCCAACCUCUGUGGAAGAGCUGCUGGAGCGUAUCAACCUCAAGGAGCACAUGCCCACUUUCCUGUUCAAUGGCUAUGAGGACCUGGACACGUUCAAGUUGCUGGAAGAGGAGGACCUGGAUGAACUGAACAUCAGAGACCCUCAGCACAGAGCCGUACUGCUCACUGCUGUAGAGCUGCUACAGGAGUAUGACAGCAGCAGUGACCCAGAGCGCAGCGGCCUGUCAGGCUCCCAGGAGAAGCUGCUGUCUGAGGGACGGGGUCUGGUGGGAGACUCCCCGCGGGACUCCGGGUGCUACGAGAGCAAUGAGAACCUAGAGAAUGGUAAGAGCAGAAAGGUUUCCCGUUCCAGUCGUUCUUCAGCAGGCCUUCAGUCUCCGGACUACCCCACGCUGCCCAUGACUCUUUCUACAGAGGCUCUGCAACAGAACAGCAAGAACCAGCGCACAAAGUUCCCAAAAAGCUUCUUCAUUAAGCCUUCCCUGAAGGGUUUCAACCUGCUAGGGCUGCGCAAAGCCCAAAGACAGUCCCCCAUCCCAGCCAGUCGUAGCUGUGAGGACUUAGAUGGACCCCCACAGCCCACUGGACCCUGGAAACGCUCCCACUCUCUGGGAGAUCUGCACUGGGAGCAGAAGUUUGAGCAGAGAAAGGAUCUGAGUGUUGAGGUUAAACCCACGAAGGAAGGUCCCAAAUCGAGCAACAGUAGCCCAAUCAAGGUCUGUAGAGAUGAGGGUUCCCCAGCUCAGAACGGAACCCCAACAGUGAGCCCUAAAGGAAGGCCGCCCGUGCCCUCGCAACUGCCUCUGCGUCCCCCUUGUCCCACCACCCAGUACCCCAUCCCUCCAGAGCCCCUCUCCAGUCCUACUCCAAGCCCCCCUGACUCUAAUGCAAGUGGGGAGAGGGUCAUCCGGACUCACCCCAAAAAGCCUCCAGUCCCUCCUCCUGUUCCUGCCAAGAAGUCUAAAGAAAGACUAGCCAACGGCCUGCGGCACCCCCCUCUCUCCCUGCCCUCCUCUCCAUCUCCCAUUCCCUCCCCUACCCACUCCCUCACUCGUUCUCACCCCAGUAGCCCCAUAAUCCGCAGCAGCAGUAGCAGCCCCAGUGCCCCAGCUCUGCCUGCCAAGACCCCGAGCACCCCCACCAGCCCCUGUGCCACCUCAUCAGCCUCAUCCAUGGGAGAUGAGUCAGGCAGCCCACCAACAGUGCCGCCUCCAUGGCUCUCAGACCUGGGGGGCAAGGUAGCUGUUGCAAGGAAGGUUUCCCAUACUAAGAUGAGCCCUGACCUUUUCACCCUGCUGGAACAACGGCUGGAGGCUGAGGGCAUCGAUCUUACAGAGGAGCCCUACUCCGACAAGCAUGGCCGAUGUGGCAUCCCCCAGCCGUUGGUGCAACGUUACUCCGAGGACUUGGAGCAGCCCGUCAAGGAUGUAGCCUCCACCAUGGACCAGCUCCGAGUCAAAGAGCUCCGCAAACAACACCGCAUGGCUAUCCCCUCUGGAGGUUUGACAGAGAUGUGCCGGAAGCCUCUGCCCUCAGGUAACAUCAGCACAGUCUCUGAUUGGCUCGUCUCCAUCGGCCUGCCCAUGUACACCACAUCUCUGGCAGGGGCAGGAAUUGACACGCUGAGCCGUGUGGCCUUGUUAACAGAGAGCAGCGUGUGGGAGGCGGGGGUGCGGGACGAAAGACACGCCCGCCGGCUGAUCAGUGAGGCACGAUUGGUCAGCGCACACAGAGAGGUGCAGUCCUAACAUUGUUGGUGAAAUCAGGUUGGAUAACAGGUAUCAACUCACUGGUCAGUACCAUCUCAUUUAAAAAUGGCCAAUAGGUGGCCAAGGGCAAAGUGGCCACGGGACUGAACAACCUCGCAAGUGACCACAGCACUAUAGUGCUUCUUGUCUCGCACGUGUCAAAAGACUCAAAGUGAGCUAGCCUGCCCUCUGAUUUUGUCUCUUUAUCACCCUGUCUUUUCUCAAAUGUUUACGGCGACGAGGAGUUUAUCCUGAAAGCCAAUACAAGAUAUCAGAUGCCUUUUUAAAAAAAGACUGUAGACUCAUUCUGUGGGAUAGCUUUCACUCUGAAGACACCCCCAAAAGUCUUAAAAUAAAGACUUGGAUCUGCCUUUAAGGAAGACAGCACACUCUUUUGUAGGAUCAAUGUGUUUUUUAAAAUACAGAAAGACAGUUUAUUUCCUGCAGAUUUCAUAAGUGCUUCAUAUUCAUCUUGUGUGGCAAGGCAACAAUUAUCUGAGGGUCUUUUUAAGGACGUAGCUCGGCCAAAGUGAUUUCCUACUCAUUCAAGAUUUCAUUCCCACUAAUAGGUUCACAAUGACUGACAGAACUCAUUCAGCAUCUGGACUUUUAAUCAACUAAACACAUACAGCAACGAUGAAUAACUGGUGGUUUUGAGAUUGCAAAUGGCUUAUUUUGUAUCAUGUUUCUGUAUUAUAGCAUAACGCAUAUCUUAAUUUUAAAAUGAUUUUAUGUUAAAAUGUGUGUUUGCCUUUUUGAAUGUUGCAGCCUUAUUUUGAGGCCAGCUCUCAGUCAUUUCUAAGCUGAAAAUGCUGACAUCACACCUUUAUAUUUCAUAUUAUACUGUAUGUUCUAUUUCACUGCGUAUCUUGGAUGCACACGCUGCUCCUAUACAUACCUAUAUAUAUAUACAUAUAUAUAUAUGUAUAUGUAUAUAUAUAUCUCCAUCAGCUUUCAUAGCAACAAUACAUUCCCUGUGUAUCAAAGCACAUUUUACGUUGCCUUACCAUUAUAAAUGAAUAGAUAUGGUGAAUAGAAAAUAUAGUAUUGACUAUACCAUACCAUGACUGAGGCUGAACUGUGCAAGCCUUUUUGUUCUGAAUGUGUCCAAGUCUGAAAAAUAAUCGAGACAUAGAUUUUAUGAACAAUACAAACAUGGUAAUUCACACACAAACACACACACACAUAUGCACACACUCAGCCAGAUUAUUUCUGUGAUGCACAUGUUUGUGGACCACAGAACAUGCUUCUGAGUGAUUAUGGUUUCUGUAUUUGUAAAGCCCAGAAACGACACAGACGUUGUCUCCUUUUUGAACAACCCAACACCCUGUUCAACACACACACACAUUUAUUGUACACGUUCCAUGCAGAGGGCUGAGGGACUGGGUGGGAGGAGAAAACAGAGAUGUUCCAAAGACACAGCUGACAUCUGGGCUGUCUUAUCUGGAAUUUAUUGGACUGUCUACACUUUGGUUACAGUGUUGAGAAAUUUGAUUUAUAGCUGGAUAAUAAGCUGUUUGGGACUUUUUUAAAAAAGCAGAUUAUAACUAUAAUCAAUGCUAGUCUGAAAUUACUAAUUGGACUUGUUAAAGGCAGUGAUAACAGACAGUAUAAAGACAGACUGGCACAUCAGGUGAAAAGCUGACUUCCAAGAUCAGCACACACAAGGACACUACCUAGUCUUGAAAAUCAGGGAAACACUGAGUUGGGUCAGCCUGUUAUGAAACCUUUGGGCCAAAAACAAAACUGAAAACAACCAGAAUAUCAUCUUUCAUUUUGCACACUUUGCAUGAAAUGGAGCUAACAAAUAUUCCUUGUUUGUGUUUUUUCCCUCUUAUUUCUAACAGUGAAGUUCUAUCUUACACAGCCAGAACUGAUCUGAAGACUUAUUCCAUGGGUUUCAUAUUUGAAAAUUUGAUAUUGCUAAAAUUAGGAUUUUUUUUUUUUUUUUUUUUUUUUUUUUUUUUUUUUGCAGUGGGCACUUGAUAGAUAGAUGUUUGAUGCCUUUUUUCUCUUCAAUCAAAGUGGUGCUCUGGGAUAAGAAAGGGGGUCGUUAUCAAAAAAAAGUAAAAGACCCAAGAAGUGUUUUGUAAAGAAUGAAAAUACUGACACUGUAAAUGCACUUUAGAGGGUAAAUCCAGCUGUUUUUAUAGGCGAAAUUGGCUACAUUUUGUUCACAGGUCCAUAAAUGGACAUUUGUUGUCAGGUAUUGUAAAGGGUUUCAGUGGGUUAUGCUGGUAUUUUACUUUAGUAUUGAGUUCCCAAUGCCAAGUUUAAUAACUAUUCACGAGUUAACCUGUUCCAGUUACUCACUUCCAAUUUGUUUUAGCAGUCUUAAAAAAUAAAUUCUUAAUUACAUAUAUGAAAUGCUUAGCAGAAGUUGCACAUUCUGUAUAUGUAAUUGAUAUUUAAAUAACUUAUUUUUUUGCUUUUUUUCAUAUCAACUGUAAUUAGCUGUACUAUAUGAAUAGCAAUACCUUCCUGCAUAAUGCAUAUUGCUUUAGCCAGUGAGGAACUACAGUAUGUAUUGUAAAAUAUGUGUACAAAUUAUUUUAUUUGGUUUUCAUCUACCUAAUGAUUGUCCAUACAGAUUUGCUUGUGUAUUGAAACAACAAAAGUAAUGUCCAUAACUAUUUGUCAUUCUGAAAUAUAAUAAAAAAACUGUUUCUUGCCAUA